AUGUUGCCGGCACUCACCACCAAGCCGAGGCAGGCGGUGCGUCAGGUCAAAGGAUUGACGAAUGACUCCAUCGACUCCUACUCAAAUAUGCCUCUCGGUGGUAGUGCGUCGACGGCGUACGUGGAUAACACUGAGUCAGGGAGCGGGACAGCGCACGUGUCGCCACUAGCAUCAAGUCGAGCGACUAUUAAUACAGGACGUGCAAGCGUUGCUAAGACAACGAGUGGCGAGGAUAGAGUGAUGGCUCGUGUCGUACGAGACCGAAACGCGUCAGGAGAGGAAGAGUUGUCGCUACAAACCGGAGAUGUCGUCAAGGUUCUCUCCACCAAGCGUACGGGGUAUCUCAAAUGUGAAGCAGGAGAUGAAGUAGGCUACAUACCGUCAUCUUACUUGGAAUUUCUUGACGUUUUUACUGAAGUAGAAAACGGAACUAGCAACGGAGUAAGUGAAGAAGCUCAGCGAGCAGCUGAGAAACAACGUAAGAGACAGCAGAAGAAGGAGAAGCGUAGGAAGGAGAAACGGGAAGCCAAUGAAGGUAAUGAACUGAACGAAGUAGUUCCUUCUACUGCACGCUCACCUCGUAAAGAAAUUACUAGUGGAGACAAUGAGGGCACCGACUCGCCACGCAAGCGGAAGAAGAAGGAACGAAAGCAUCGUGAUCGCGAAGCAGGUGAAGAAACUCAUAGAAGUGCAGCUAGUGAGGAGCCCUUAACCGCGAGAUCUCGAACUGGUGAGGACACGGAGCGCUCUCGUACUAGAAGCAAACACUCGAAGAAGAAACGCCAUCGAGACGGAGGCAGUAGUGGCUCUAGUGACAGUGACAGCGGGAAACGUAGUGCUCGACACGGUCGUCGACGCCGUCAUCGACGUGGAUCAAGUGGUAGCGAGUCCGAUGCAACAUCAUCGGACGCCUCGGAUGCUAGCUUCAGACGGAGACGUCGUCGUCGACGUCACAGACAUCGACGAAGCUCUAGUGAGGACGAAGAUGAGGACGAUAGCGAUCACAAACGACGUUCCAAACGUAGCAAAAAACGUCGUGAUAAAGGUGGCGACGAGUCUGAACCCGAAGAAGGUUCUCGCUCAGCUCGUAAAGCUGAGAAGAAGAAGUCCACAGCAGCUCUACAAGAAGUGGAGAAAGGAGUGAGUCAACUGGAUGUGAGAUCCGACGAAAAGCCAACGGAAGCGAAAGUCACUCCGUUGUCAAGCAAGAAAGAGGAACUUGAUCGAGACAGAGACAGAGGGAAGAAAGAGGAGACUGAACGUAGUGAAGGCUCGUCAGAAGGACGGACAACGACCGUGUCUUCAAGUCGGAAGGACGAUGAAGGUCGCACAAGUUCCGGCGCUCUUAAGAACAGCAAGGCAGGAUUUGGCAGACAAAUCGGAGAGAAGAUGCGAUCAUUCUUAGGUGGAGGCAGCAAGAAACAGCACAGUAGCAAGAGCUCGAGUGGUAUUUUGAACGCGUGUCCCGGUACCGUACAAGGCGAGGAAGGCUGGUACGAGCACGGCGAGAACGAACGCUACUACUUCGUGCUUGUCGAUGGUAAAUGGAGUCUUCUGUACGGACCUAUGACGGAGGACGAAUUUGAAGUCUUCUCCAACCGGGUGUUGGAGCAAAAUCGCCCUAUCGAGUUGCCACCAACGUAUCUACACAAGUCAGGUUACUAUCUCAACCGCGAGCUGCGUGUUCAGAGAGAGCAGUGA